UACAACUGGCGCCCCGUGUCCUUUCUAUUACACCCUGAGCCUGGCAUCAGUGGGCACAGUAUUCCAAGCCCUCACGGAAGCCACCUGGGGCCCUCCCGUAUACGACGUCAUCGUAUCAGCAGAGGCGGACUCGUUUGUGACGUCACCACCUGGUCACAGGGGGCGGGCGAUAGUGACGUUAUUUCCGCAGAGGGCUAACAACACCUAAGAAAUAACCGAACCGAACGCUGCGAUGGUGAAUAACCGUAACACCGACGGCGGGAAUGUGGGGGAGACCGAGAGCCCUCGGUUAAUUGAAGAUUGCCUAUCCCCUUUGCCAAGUUCUCCAUCCAAGAAGACUAAUAGUGCAAAGCGCAAGCAAUACUACAUAAACCGUGCAAUCCGAAACUCUGAUCUGACACCUAAAGCCAAAGGACGCAAGAGCCUUCGUCGUCUGGAAAACAGUCACUAUCUAAUGAAUUUGCUAGAAAGGGAAGAGUGUGUAGCCGAUGAAGUUGACUCUUGCAUAUGUGCAUCUCCGAGCAUAUUUUCAGAAGCCUGUAAUAAUGAAAUGUACAUUGAGAUUUGGAAUGACUUCAUGAACCGCUCUGGAGAAGAACAGGAGAAAGUACUUGCUUAUCUGGAGCGGAAAGUGAGAAAACCUAGAGAGAAGGUUAAUAAAUGCAGAGAUGAGAGGACAGAGCAUCCUGCUUUUACCCCAGAGGAGUGUUAUCGGAGGAUCAACCGGAGUCUGCGUUACAGCUUGAAAAGACGCCAAAUACCAAUGGACACACUGGAGGACUUGGAAGAGGAGAUGAUGUCAUUUUUCUCAGUCACCCCUGAAUCUGUAUAUAUUUCCAUAAUGGAAAACAGUUACCAUCGCCUUCUGCUGCAUGCUGUUUGUCAGUACCUGGAUCUGGCCUCUGCUAGUUCCAACUUUGAAGGGAAACGUCAGAUGCGUGUGGUAAACAGGAAGAGAGAGUUCUGCCCUCCAGAAUUGCUGCUUUCAUCCUACCUCCAGAUGAAAUGCUGACCUCAACCAGUUACUUAAAGGGAUACUCCGGCGCUAAGACAUCUUAUCCCCUAUCCAAAGG